AUGAGCCAGCCACGGAGGAUAAUAUGGUCUUGCGAAUUGGUGACAGAUUUUCUGGGACGAAUUCUUCAUCGUGAGAAAGUUUCUUCUAAAAUCAUCGUGGUCUGUUCGACGCGAGAACACUUCUUGGGACAAUUGGCGGCUGCUGUACACUACGGAACGACAACGCCUGAAGGCCAUGAAUUGAUUACAAAAGCAAUUGGAUUGCUCUCCCGGUCACAGAACGUUAAAUUAGCUUUCUGUGAAACUCUUGAGCAUCUUCGAGCCUACAUUUCUGCGUUGGAUAUUGCCAGUACCAAGCAAGAAGACAAUACUUUGGGUGAAUCAAGUCCACGGCUGUUGUUGGCGGUCCUGAAUCCCCUUGCUCUACAUCUUUCUACUACUGAAUUCUCUGCGCAAGGGCUGUCGAGAACUCUGGCAGCAGCCGUGGAGGCCACUGCUCGGCAGAAGGUGGACCUCGUGCUCUGUGAAUGUGUAGAUGUUAUGGAAAACGCCAACGAUGAACAUGGCGAAGCAUUAUGGAACACGAAAGUGCCAUUGCUGAACGGAACUGCUCGGAUUGUGGCAGAAGAAAACACUUCGAGAGUGCCUGUAAAAAAGGUCGCACAACGAUGGUUUGAAUUCGAUGAUGACAGGAACAUAUAUAGACAACAACAAUAA